ACAACUCUAUUAUUAUUUUUAUUUAUUAUCAUUAUUGAAGUGCAGUUUUGGCUGUUGACAAUGGAUAGGCCAUUGUAUUUAUUGUUUUGGGUCUUUUUUCAUUGUUUUUGGUGCAACAUUUUCUAACAGGGAGUGAGAUUCCUUUUUUAUUUAAUUUUUGUUUGUUAUUUUUAUUCAUUUAGAAGUUCUGGUUCUGGACAUUUCAAUGUUAAAUGAAGGUUUCUUUGUUGCAUUUUAAAGGGUGUACUUGCAUUAUUAUGAUAUAUUAACAUUAUAUUAGUGGUUAUUUUGGUCUAGAUAAUGUUGACAAUGUCGUUUAUCAUCAACAAUUUGUUGGACAAAAUAUCGUCCAGCAAAAUGUGUUACUUUCCCAGGCCUAGUCAAAAGUAUAAAAAUUAUUUAAACGGUCCUCCUGAGAUCUGGCCGUUUGUUCAUUUGCUGUGUUAGAGGACAUGCUGAACUAAUGUUUUACACAUGAUCAUCACCCUAACAUUUGAGUGUAUAAAAACAUAUUAAAUAUGUUUUUCCCCUUAAAAGUGUUUAAACAGUUGUUGCAUUUCAACACACAAAAAAUAAAUGGAAAAAAUAAGAUAAAUCUAAUGAAAAGUGUACAUCUUUGACAUUAAGCUUAAAAAAAUCUGUUGACGAUGACGAUACUGUUCAUUUUUCAGAGCUUUUUAAUGUGAAAAUAUGCAUUGCAAUAGAUAAGUUUACAAUAAAGUUAAAUGAUAAAAGUUUUGAAGUUACACUUCUACUACUACUACUACUAGUAAUAAUAAUUAUGAUGAUAAUAGUAAUAAUAAAAAAAUAAUAAUUAUAAUAAUACGAAUAAAUUGUGUCUGAGGAGUCAGUUAUCUGGAGGAGAUGAGUUUGUAAAAGUUAGUUUUGAGUAUGUUUGUGAAGGAGGAGGUGAGUCUGAGCUUAAUGCAGGUCUGUCACAUGACAUGUUCCAACUUACGUUUUGACUUUGAAAGAAGUCUCUUAUAUCCACUUUUCGUUUUCUUGACAUGCUGCCUCCUGGCUGUGCCUAACUACCAAAGACUCACAAAUGAACACUUAUUCAAAUGUUAUGUAAUGGAAGCUGAGCUGAGCUCUGAUAUUACACAGCGUCUAGUUGACGAUGUGACUCAGUACCGGUGUUCCCUAGCGGCUCCAAACUAGCAAAACAACGUGAGCACGUUCUGACUGUUUGCAACUUGAGUGACAGCAGCAACAGCCAAUAAUACGUUAGCAAGUAUCAGCAGAGCCAAUAGAUUAGCUUUUGGGCGGGUCUAAUAGUAAACCGGUUUCCGUUUCGGUCCUAGUGCUCAACCAAAUCCAUUUAAUGGAGCGUAGCAUUGUUUUUGGACGGAAAAAAGUGCAGGGGACCAAAACUGCCUUUUGAAAAAGUGGGGGGGACAUGUCCCACCCGUCCCCCCCCCAAAAUUACGUCCCAGCUUGGAAGAAACACUUUAUCUAAAUUCUUCUAAACACAGUUUGUUUACUUAAAAGACUGGGUCUGCCUCAGACUGGAUGCGUCAUGCGUCUCCAUAUUAGAGACGGGAACAAGUGCUAAGUGCAAAGUUUCAUAGUCAGCGAACAUUUUUCCAAGUGACACAUCCCUCAGACAGACUGGGUUUCCAGACCAUUUCAUUGGGAGGAAGUCUUACUGCAUGCGCCGUGGUUCUGCGCUGCGCUGCGAACCCCUCUGAUCUUCAGCUCACUGUCCACCGUGUGCGCUCCGAUCCGCGCUGAGCACAGUGCCCAGUAUAAAGCUCUACUGUUCUGAUGGGAAUCAUUUCUUGAUUGAUUUAGUUACCUCCAUGAUGUGCGUAAGGAUUAAAAUGUCAGCUCAUCUGUGUGUGCAUCAGUGUGCGUUGGGGUAAUUCUUUCAAAACAACCAACAUCCUUGAGUUUAUCCAUCAAAAUAAACAGUCAAAUGGAAAUAUCUGUAACCUGCCAUUUAACUGUUUUGCCUUCUUGUGAAGAUUGUUGCAAAGAGAAACAAUUAAUUCCAUGCUGUAGUUCUUUUUUAAAACACAGAACAGUUUUUGUUACCUAGAGGUGUCGAUGCUCUCUACACAACUCUGACAGAACCCUGCCCUCCUCUCCCAAUGAUUGGACAGGAAUUCGAGAAACGUGAUUGGUAGCCAAGACUCGUGCUCUCAUUGGUUCCACCCAAGUUCCUCCCACUGACGUUAGAAUCGAGACAAAAAGAUUCGUAACACUGUAGAUUUGGUUUGUACCUGUAGAAUAAAAUGUGUGUUUUGAGAGUUUUGAUUUCAAACCUGUACCUUGAUUUUUUUCAAUUUGGAAAUUUGCUAGUUACAAAACAAACGUUUCAUGUUUCUGAAUGAAUGUUUGAUGUUACAAAAUGAGUAGUAAAUGUACAAAAUAAAAGUUUGAUUUUACAAAAUAAAAAAUACAUGUACAAAAUACAAUGUUCCUGUUACAAAACAAGAAAUCCGAGUACGAAUUGAGAAUUACAAGUUAGAAAACUAAAGUUACAAGUUGCAAAUCCAAAGUUACAUGUGAUGAAACAUGUUCGAAGUUACAAAACUUGGUACAAGUUAAGCUGAAUAUUGUCCCAAUCCUAGUUCCAUAGUGUCCAGCAUCAGGAAUGCUGACUGUAGGAGCGACAGAGCGGGAGGGCUGAGCGUCAGUGGAUAAAAUAAAAGUGGGACCCAACACAUUUCGUUUGGUUUUCUGAAUAAGUACCAAGCUGCCAGGGCUCAUGGUUGAAUUAAUGCCUACUGAAGUCUAAAUAAAUAAACAAAUAAACACAUUUUAGGUCUUCUCUGAUUCACAUUUACAGCUGAAUUUAUUACAUCUAUAUUUAGAAGAAGAAGAAGAAGAAAAUAUCAUUUCUAUAGCACCUCUCAUGAUAAAAAUCACGAGAUGCUUCACAAAAACAAAAAAUGUAAAAAUAUAAAAAAAGCAUUUAGAAAAUGUUUAAAAAUAUAUUUAAAAUGAGCAAAAAUAGACAAUUGUGAUUCCAAAAUGUUAAGAAAGAGAGAGUGAACAGGAAAGAGGGAAAUCAGUGGAUCCUGAGGAAGGUGGAAUAGGUGGGGAGAGCAGAAUAAAGAGAGAGUGGUGAAGAAGGUCAUACAAAAGCCAGCCUGAACAAGUGAGUCUUCAGCUGCUUUUUGAAGGAGACCACUGAGUCCACUGAUCUCAGGCUCAGGGGGAGAGAGUUCCAGAGUCUGGGGGCCACAGCAGCAAAACUCUGUGAACAUCCAGGGCUGAUCAGCUGAUAAGUGUUUCAUACAGAUUAAUAGCAUCACUUUAACUGAGCAGGUCAUAAGAUGUUACUUAAUAUAUGUUGGUGCACCUGGGUGAGGUGGUGAUGUUAGAAAAUCUCAUUUAAAAGGCUCCAACUCCUUUUUUUAUUUGUUUUAAACACUUUUGUUAAACAGAGAUGUAAAUAAGGGGGAUAACCCUAAAAACAAGCCCAUUCCUCCAUCACCUCCAUCGCCAAAGGCCUGUAAGUGUGCCAUAGCUUUAACAAGUGUGCCACAGUUGGGUGGAGAACACCGAGAUGCGGAAAAGACGCAGACCGAGAAAGAGAAGUAGCACAGGAAGUGACUGAGGUCUGGGUGAAGUCAAAGCACACGGUGAUGCUCGCUUAGAUGCUCCAGCUCUUCAGCCAGCUGCAGACAGUUUCUUCCUCUCAGAGCUUUGCUGCGUUAGAUGGACAGCCAGGAGGGGGGCCUCGGGUCCAGCCUUUUCAGGAGGAUUUCAUCCAGGAAAUCUCACCAGCGCAACAACAGCCCUCAGCCCGCCGCGGAGAACGAAGCGGGCAGAGGAGGAGAUGACAGCGGGGCAGGCAGGCUGAGCCGCAGACUGUCCCGUCUGAGCGGCAGACAUCACUCCAGAGAUGCUGCAAGACCUCCAGCUCCACCUGCUCAGCAAGAUGAGCAACCUUCUCCCCCGGUCCUUGUUGUUCCUCCACCUCCUGCUCCGGCUCCUUCACUUCUACCCCCGCCCAUGGAGAAGCCACCCAAACGGCCUGACAAGUCCACCAAGCCCAAGCUGCCACCCCGGCCGCUGUCCAAGGUGUUCAGCAGCAGCCAGCAUGGAGCCGAUGUCCUGCAGGGCCUUGAUGCAUUCCGGGGAGAUGAGACUCUCUGCGACGUCGUCUUGAUUCCUGGAGACAGCAAGGAUGUGUUCCCAGUUCACAGAGUCAUCCUGGCCUCGUGCAGUGACUACUUCAAAGCCAUGUUCACGGGAGGCAUGAGGGAGCAAGGGAUGAGAGAGAUCAAGCUGCAUGGGGUCAAUAAGGUUGGGCUGAAGAACAUCAUUGACUUCAUUUACACAUCCAAGGUCAGCCUGGACAUGGGCAACCUCCAGGACACGCUGGAGGCUGCAAACUUCCUGCAGGUCAUGACGGUUCUCAGCUUCUGCAACAAGCUGCUGAGCAGUGAGAUCACCAUAGAUAACUGUGUGGAGGUGGAGCAAAUAGCGACAGACUUGCUCCUUGAGGACGUUCUGCUGAAUAUCGGUAAGUUUGUGAGCCAGAACCUGGCAGCCCUGGUGGAGUCUGGGCGCUACCUCCAGCUCUCUGAGACCAGCAUGGCCAACGCUCUGAGCAGCAACUCGCUCACUGGUUCCUCUGAGCUGGAGCUUUACCACAUCGCCAAAGGAUGGCUGCACCACGACUUUCCUAAACGUUCCUCCUCCAUUUACGCCCUGAUGCGCCACAUCCGCUUCCCUCUAAUGAGACCCAGUGAGCUGAUCCAGAUCUCCCAGGAUGAUGAAGACGGGAUCAACUCCAUGAUGCGCUCUGAUUCUGCAUGUGUGAACCUUCUGCUGGAGGCCAGCAACUAUCAGAUGAUGCCCUACAUGCAGCCGGCCCUGCAAACCGAGAGGACGCAGAUUCGAUCUGACUCCACCCACAUUCUGGCCCUGGGAGGAGUGAUGAGGCAGCAGCUGGUGGUGAGCCGGGAGUUGAGGGUGUACGACGAGGCGAUUGGUCAUUGGAGAGCUCUGAAGCCCAUGGAGGAGCCUCGCUAUCAGCAUGGUGUGGCUCUGCUGGGAGGCUUCCUCUUUAUUGUUGGAGGUCAGAUUACGUAUGAUACCAAAGGUAAGACGGCCAUUGACACCGCUUAUCGCUACGACCCACGUUUCGAUAAGUGGCUUCCAAUCGCUUCCCUCAAAGAGAAGCGAACCUUUUUCCAUCUGAGCGCCCUGAAGGGGAAACUGUUUGCAGUUGGAGGAAGAAACGCCUCAGGAGAAAUAGACACAGUGGAGUGCUACAACCUGAAGAAAAACGAGUGGGCCUUUGUAGCCAACAUGGUGGAGCCUCACUAUGGACAUGCUGGAACGGUUCAUGGGGGUCUCAUGUAUAUUUCAGGUGGGAUCACUCGUGACACCUUCCAGAAGGAACUUUGCUGUUACGACCCCAUCGCUGACUCAUGGAGUCGGAGGGCCGACAUGAUGGAGCUCCGCGGCCUGCACUGCAUGUGCACGGUGGGAGACAGACUCUAUGUCAUGGGUGGGAAUCACUUCAGAGGCACUAGCGACUACGACGACGUCCUGAGCUGCGAGUACUACACCCCAGACACAGACCAGUGGACGGUGGUGGCGCCGAUGCCUCGGGGCCAAAGUGACGUGGGGGUGACGGUUUUUAAUGGGCAGAUCUACGUGGUUGGAGGUUAUUCCUGGAACAGCAGGUGCAUGGUCGACAUAGUCCAGCGCUAUGACCCCGAGGAGGACGUGUGGGACAAGGUGUUCAAUGUGUUGGAGCCUCUGGGAGGGAUUCGUGCUUGUACAAUGACUGUUCAUCUGCCAGAGGGGUCUGUGGAUGAGGCUCAGAUACAAGAGUGCCCGUUACCCACGACGAAGAGCUGAUAGCACCAUGAGGGUGUCCCCAGAUCGCGCUAAUGCUAAGAGGGUCUGAAACAGGAAGUAGAGUAGGCUGUAAACACAUGCAGCAUGUACAAAUGAGGGGACCCAUUUAUACUCUGCUGGUUGGCACUUUUACACACUGUUACUUUUCUAAGUUGUCAUGUAGCAUAUCCACAUUGUCCUGCUGUCUAUGUCAUGUCUGCUCGCCAAAAUAAAAGAUCCAAGCUGA